CCUAAUCUGUGGAAAUUUCACAUAACCCACUUUAGGUGCCUAUUUUCUUUUGUGUUUUUGGUAUGUUUGUGUUUUAUUACAAUACGUUUUACGUGAGAAAAAAGUCACAAACGGGUUGACAGCCUGUACAAUAAUGUCGUAGUCGAAUAUUUAGAUGAAUGUAAAAGAGAAGUUAUAAAAAAUUAAUGGAGUUGAAGGUCUGGGUUGAAGGGAUACAAAGGAUCGUUUGUGGGGUCACAGAGACCACAACUUGUCAGGAUGUAGUUUUCGCAUUGGCUCAUGCCACUGGUAAAGUGGGCAGGUUCACUCUAAUUGAGCGCUGGAGAAAUAACGAAAGGUUAUUAGCUCCGCAGGAAUAUCCAUUAAAGAUUCUUAUGAAAUGGGGUGAAUAUUCUAAUGACAUUCAGUUCAUAUUGAGAAGAUCAGAUUCUAAUAAUAGUCAGAACCAAAAAUCUCAGUCUACUAAUAAUUCAAGAUCACCAGUUGGAAAUGGAAGCCAUAACACAUCUAACCCUAACAUACUGGACAACCAGAACUCACCAAAUAGAUUAAAUGCGGCACUGCCAUAUAACAAUAACCUAAACCAUGGGUCUCCCGGGAAUCCUGUUGGAGUGGUGAAAGGAGUACAACAGGCUAAAACACCAGAAACUAAUAGUCCUUUAUUGAAAGAUGUACCACCUUAUAGGGAUCCACCUCCACCAUAUCGCUCACCUCCGCCUCCGUCUCAAACACGAAAGUCGCCUAACCGAAGCCGUGACUGCCGCUCUGCUCAUAUGUCACCAGUCAACUUACCAGAUGAGAACUAUGAGACUCGCAGCCCCGAAGCCGUAAGCUACAACAGCCAGUACAGAGAACUAGUUUCCCUUGUAAAUUCUCAGAGAGAAAAACUGUCUACCCAACAAGUAGAUCUUAUAAAGUAUGACGCCGAAAUUGGUUAUUGGGAGAACAAAGGUCGAGAACAAGAAAGGCAAGUGGAGUUGCUGCAGCAGCAGAUUAGCUCAGCUGACAACCAAUUACGGAUCAGUACCGAACAGGUUCAAGCUUUGAACUAUGUUGAGGAAGAAAGUGAAAUAGUGAAACAGAGUGAGAAAACUAUCAAGUCGGAAAUAGUUCUUGUGCGGUCGAAGCUGGCUAAUUGUGAGACUGAGCUGCUUCAGUGUAAGAACAAAAUCCGUAAGCUUAUGGAGGAAAUUCACAAUGAACAGAGGAUCAUAAGCAACAGGCAGCAGGAGAACAGACAAGCAUUGGAGCGAUCAAUGCUCGCCGAAAUGGAGAAUCUGCAAAGUCAAAUACAGCAAGCGAAGCAUGCCACCGAAAUCAAUCAUCUCACCGCUGAGAAUCUCAAGCGUGAGGUUGGUGUGUUAGAAGACGCCAUAAUGGAGAAGAAGCGGCAGGUGGAGAGACUGGUCCAGGAGAUGAAGGAGGCCAACCUGCAGAGUCUCACGGGCAGUGUGGAUGAGUUGCGUCAUCCGCUAGACGGCUUAUGUAAGGCCGGGAGCGCCCGCCGCAUCAUCGGUUCCCCCAGACAGUUGGAAAACGCCGCUCCCACCAACAAGAAUCCCCAUGGAGUUUGGGUGUAGUAUAGAUUUUACUUCAUCAUAAUUAAGUAUAUUAUGAUCUUUAUAUCGAAUUCCCCCUAUUUACUUGCAAGAUCUGAUAUCAAAUAGUAGGUACCUUUAUAAUCAAGAUAUUUACGAAAUAUAUCACUUUUCUGUAAU